AUCGAUCGCGGAAGACACGAACAGCCCCCGAGUUAUUCCCACCUAUCUGCUUCGAUUACUCUAGCCUUGGGAGACUGAAUCCAGUUUUCUCAUUCAGGAACUGUUUCUCAAGCAGUCGCUUUGUGAGCAGGCGGAGCAGGAUACGAGAUUUAGAUACGAACACGGGAUUGAUCAUAGACAUACCGUAUCUACACCUGAACUCUGAACCUGAACCUGAACCUGAGCCUGAAACUAUUCCCACGUCCAGCUUAAUUAUAAUUUUCCUCGAUCAAGUGAACUGAGACACGGCAGCUGAGGGGUCUGUCGCGCCGGAGUCCUUGUGGCCCGAUGCAGACACUGAGGCAGAGGGAGAUUGAAUGGCACUGAAGACUCAAGGCUGUAGGCUACCUGGAGCACUGCGAUGACCAGUCAGAGCGGCGGCCAUGCAGAGAGACCAGGUGCCCCGCCCUCCCGGCCCCCGGCCGCGCCCAAGCUGCAGGUCCAGCGCUCGCUGUCCCGGGAGACCAUCACCAUCCACUUCUCCGCUCUCGGGAAGGAGGAAGAGGAGGAGGAGGAGGAGCUGUACGGAGCCGCCAUCUCCGCCAUCUCCGCCUCCUCGGCCGCGGGGCGGGACUACGACGACCAAGGCAUUGUGACGGCCCUGGAGGCCAGCGAGGACCUCCUGUUUGAGGGGGGCGGGGCGGACCCCGCCGCGGGGGGGGGCGCCCCCUCCGCAGACGUGGCGGUGCUCCCCGUGUCCUCCACCACCCUGCCCUCCAUCCCCCAGCGCUCGGGACACUCCGCCCCCAGCCCCGCCCUCUCCAUCCUGUCCUCUUUGCACUCUACCGGAGGCUCCGCCCCCGCCAGUUCGUCCUGGCCUUCGGGUCAGAAGGCCCAGGCCCAGGCCCCUCCCCCGGCCGCUUCCUCCUCCGGCUCCUCCCCCUCGAAAUCCGUGGCCCUGCCCUCCGGCGACAAGCCCUUCAUGAGCCUGGUGAAGUCCCUGUCCACGGACGUGGAGCCGCGGGAGGGCGUGGCCGUGCCCCCCAGCGUGCGCCACCGCCACCUGAUGAAGACGCUGGUGAAGUCCCUCUCCACCGACACGUCCCGCCAGGACCAGGAGGCCGCGGCGGGCCGCCCCCCGGACUCCCGCCUCAACCUGCAGCUGUUCAAGCAGUUCACCCAGCCCCGGGUGACGGGGGCCGGCGACUCCAAGACCGCCCCGUCCUCCCCGCUCACCUCCCCGGACAACCGCUCCUUCUUCAAGGUGUCGGAGGUGGAGGCGCGCAUCGAGGACACCAAGCGGCGGCUGUCGGAGGUGAUCUACGAGCCCCUGCAGCUGCUCAGCAAGAUCAUGGGGGAGGAGAGCGGGGGGGCGGCGGCGGCGGCGGCGGCGGCAGGGGGGGGCCCCCCCCGGGCCAAGGCCCUGUCCUCCAGCGCCUCGGAGCUCUGCAGCCUGGCCGCCCUCAACGGUCACCUGGAGAGCAACAACAACAACUACAGCAUCAAGGAGGAGGAGUGCGACUCGGAGGGGGAGGGCCUGCCGGGUAGCUCCGCCUCCGCCGCCGCCGCCGAGUCGCCCCCCGCCCCGCCCGCCCCGCCGCUCGCCGAGGCCUGGAGCCCCCGCCACGCCUCGCUGGCCCUGGAGAAGUGCUCCAUGUCCGCGCUGGCCCGGCAGGAGGACGAGGAGUUCUGCGAGCUCUACAGCGAGGACUUCGGCGAGGCCGACGCAGAGACGGACGCCAGCGGCGGCGGGGUGGCGCGGGACGCGGCGGGCGGGGCCAGCCUCCCGCCCAGCGGCAGCACGGGGGUGGGGAGCGAGGACGAGACGGAGGCGGAGGAAGAGGAGGACGAGGAGCCGGGGUCCAGCGUCCCUCACAAGACCCUGUGCGCCCUGACCAUGCUGGUGUACGGGUACCUGGUCCUGCCGCUGCCCACCUACCUGGGCGGCGUGCUGCUGGGCGUGGCCGUGGGCUUCAUGCUGGCCAUCGGGGUGGUGUGGCUGGCCGCCCCCAGGUGCUCCGGCUAUGCCUCCAGGCGCGGCCGGCGCAGGGACCGGCUGUGGAACGUGGCGCACCUGGACAUCAAGGAGCCGGGCAUGUUCAAGGGGUGGAUGAACGAGAUCCUGAACUACGACCCGGAGACGUACCACGCCACGCUGACGCACUCCGUCUUCGUGCGCCUGGACGGGUCCACCCUGCGCCUCUCCAAACCCGGACGCAACGUCGCCCGCCGCGCCACCUUCAACGAGCCCAAGCCCGACGUCACCUACGUCAGCCAGAAGAUCUACGACCUCACCGACAGCAAGAUAUACCUGGUGCCUGAGAGCCUAGCGAGGAAGCGAGUGUGGAACAAGAAGUACCCCAUCUGCAUCGAGCUGGGCAAGCAGGAGGACUUCAUGUCCAAGGCCCAGGCGGACAAGCCUGAAGCCAUCGAGGAGAAGGCCACCGGGGGCGGGGGGGAGAGGCCGGAGGCGCCCGGGGGGGCCGAGGAGGCCAAGAGGCCGGCCGCCGCGGCGCAGGACGGGGGCCGGGGCCCGGCUCCCCGGGACCACACCCUCUUCCUGUUCGGCAGGACGGGGCGGGAGAAGGAGGAGUGGUUCCGCCGGAUGCUGGUGGCGUCCCGGCUGAAGUCGGAGACCAAACGGGCCUCCAGCCUGCCCGGGAGUAUGAGCGCCGUCCUGCCCACGCACAGCCGCAGCAGCAGCCGGGGCAGUCUGGACGAGGCUCUGCCCAUGACGCAGCCGCGGCAGAAGGAGCUGGCCGGCGGCGUCAAGCAGAAGAUGCUGCUGGACUACAGCGUCUACAUGGCCAAAUACGUGCCCCCCGCCCCGAGGAGUCCCGCCGCCAGCCCCGCCCACAGCGCCGCCAGCAGCCCCGGCGCCGGGAAAAAGUUGCCUAGCAGCCCCGGAGUGGAGGAGGAGUCUGUUGCCUGGGUCAACGCCUUGGUGGGCCGGAUCUUCUGGGACUUCCUGGGGGAGAAGUACUGGGCCGACAUGGUGUCCAAGAAGAUCCAGAUGAAGCUCAGCAAGAUCAGGCUGCCGUACUUCAUGAACGAGCUGACCCUGACCGAGCUGGACAUGGGCGUGGCCAUUCCCAAGAUCCUGCAGGCGUCCAAGCCGUCCGUGGACCACCAAGGACUCUGGUUUGAUCUGGAGAUCUCCUAUAACGGGUCUUUCCUCAUGACCCUGGAGACGAAGAUGAACCUGGCCAGGCUCGGGAAGGAGGGGGAGGGGCUCCGGCUCGGCGAGCCGGGCAAGGACGGGUACAGACCACGGACGUACUGCCUGGCUGACAGUGACGAAGAGUCCUCCAGCGCCGGGUCGUCUGAUGAAGAGGACCCCCCAGAUGUCGCCCCGGAUAAGAACAUCCUGCCCGGAGCCGAGGGUUACGUGGGGGGCCACAAGCCCAGCAAGAUCAUGCGCUUCGUGGACAAGAUCACCAAGUCCAAGUACUUCCAGAAGGCCACGGAGACGGAGUUCAUCAAGAAGAAGAUGGAGGAGGUGUCCAACACCCCCCUGCUGCUGACCGUGGAGGUGCAGGAGUGCCAGGGGACGCUGGCCGUCAACAUCCCCCCACCCCCGACCGACAGGAUCUGGUACGGUUUCCGGAGCCCCCCGCACCUGGAGCUGAAGGCCCGGCCCAAACUGGGCGAGCGGGAGGUCACCCUGGCGCACGUGACCGACUGGAUCGAGAAGAAACUGGACCAGGAGUUUCAGAAAAUCUUUGUCAUGCCAAACAUGGAUGACGUGUGGCUCCACAUCAUGCACUCCGCGAUGGACCCCCGCUCCGAUCUCGGCUCGGCCCCUGUGGCCCCUGUGGCCCCUGAGGUCACGAAGGACUCGGACCCCUCGGAGCCCGAAGGGCCGUCCACAGGUGGCAUUUGAAGCUUGGCUGUUCACAGUAUUAGACAACGGGGGGGGGCGGGGGA